ACGUCCACCCCACUUUCUUCUAUUAAUACAAGAACUCGCAAACUUACAGCUUGCAAAUUAUGGAAUUUCUCCUCCUUUACUGGCUGUACUCUUCUCUUGUAUAGCCAUUUCUGUUCUUCCUUCACUUGAGCAUCGACUUCUCCUUACCCUUCAAUGGCUGCUAAACUCAUGACUCCUUCCCCUCAACCUCAUGUUGGGACUAACCCCACAAAAUCAUGGAAUACCUUCUAUUUUUGGAAUAAUCGCAGGAGCAGCUUUAGCCAUUGCCAGGGAAGUUCUUCAAUGAAGGGUUUUCAGCCUCUUCAAGUUUCCGUUACUACGUCUGGUCUCGAACCCAAGACACGAAUUGAUGAGAGUGAAAGCUUGACUCUGGAUGGCAUUCGACAAUCCCUUAUUCGGCAAGAAGACAGUAUAAUAUUCAGUCUUCUAGAGAGAUCACAGUUUUGUUAUAAUGCAGAAACGUAUAACCCAGAUGCAUUCCCUUUACAUGGCUUUCAAGGUUCAUUGAUUGAAUAUAUGCUCAAGGAAACUGAAAAGCUUCACGCUCAGGUGGGAAGAUAUGCGAGCCCUGAUGAACACCCUUUUUUUCCAGACAGUUUACCUGAGACCUUAUUACCACCGUUGCAAUAUCCUCAGGUUCUCCACCCUUUUGCUGAUUCAAUUAAUAAAAACAGACAAAUUUGGGAUAUGUAUUUUAAAGACCUUCUUCCGAGACUUGUCAAGGAUGGGAACGAUGGCAACUGUGGGUCUUCUGCUGUCUGCGACACAAUGUGCUUACAGGCACUGUCUAAAAGAAUACAUUAUGGCAAGUAUGUGGCAGAGGCAAAGUUUCGCGCGUCACCUGAUAUUUAUGCUGCUGCGAUUACUGCACAAGACAAGGAGCGACUGAUGACUUUAUUGACAUACGAGGCAGUGGAAAAUACCGUUCAGAGAAGAGUUGAAAUGAAAGCUAAAAUAUUUGGACUCGAGGUGCCUGUCAACCCUGAUGCUGCUGAUGAGGAGUCUAAGGCUGCUUAUAAAAUCAACCCUAGCGUGAUAGCCGAUUUAUAUGGGGACUGGAUUAUGCCUUUAACAAAGAAGGUUCAAGUUGAGUACUUAUUGAGAAGGUUGGAUUGAACAUAGCAUUUCUAUCAGUAAAAUGUUAUAUUCGAUUCAACAUAACGUGUUCUAUCGACAAGAUUGUAAUUUCGUUUAGAGCUUUGGUUGUUUAUAUGAAUGUGAACAAUGAGUUAUCUAGUAGUUAAAAAUAUAAAGUUGGCUUUUUAUGCUA